AUGGCCAGCACUAAAAAUGGGGAAUCAGACAAUUCUGAUACUGGCAACACUGGCGUCGAUCUAGAUCUAAUAUUAGUACAAGAAAUCGGGCAAUUUGGUCGAUACCAACUUAUUACACUGGCGCUAGCAUCCCUGCCUGCAAUAUUUGGAGGGUUUACUGGUGAAUAUAUUUUCACUGCUGCCAGGGUACCUACCAGAUGUCGCAUUCCUCAAUGCGAUCCCGACGUUCCCCAUCCAGAAUUUCGCCCUGAAUGGGUAUUGAACGCAAUACCCGGCAUCGGCGUUGAUGACUUCGAUGACUGCACGAGAUACGCUGACAGAAGCUACCAGACUCCUGGAAACGAGACCUGUCCAGUUUCAUGGUUUAGUAGCACCAUUAUCAGCUGCGAGGAUCAUGUUUAUGAGAACACUUACAGCGUUGUUUAUGAUUUCAGACUGGCUUGUGAUGAGUGGCGUCGUUCCCUUAUUGGUACCAUUCGGACAGUCGGCACCCUGGUGGUGCUACCCAUCACCGGGUAUAUUUCAGAUCGCUGGGGCCGGCGUGUGGCACUCAGCAUUAACGCUUUCAACACCGGCUGGAUUGGACUUGUGCGCUCCUUUGUCAAUACAUAUGAGUGGUUCCUCGCUUUGCAAGUGUUGGAAGCUUGUCUUGGAGCUGGUGGCUUCUCGUCUUGCUAUAUCCUGGUAACGGAAUUGGUCGGCCCCAAAUAUCGAGUGAUUGCUGGUGCUACCCUAUCCACCAUGUUCGCGGUAGGCCAAGUGCUUCUUGGUCUGAUAGCAUGGGGUGUGCCAUCCUGGCGACCCCUCACACAGAUACUCUACGCGCCACAGCUAAUAGUGGUCAGCUAUUUCUGGAUCCUCUCAGAAUCCGUCCGGUGGCUCAUGAGCAAAGGUCGCUACGAAGAAUCUGAAGCGAUUCUUCUAAAAGUAGCAAAGACUAACAAGAGGGAAAUAUCUGAGAAGUCUCUUAAAUUAUUACGAGCAGUGGAGGAAAUAGGGAAUCAAACUACGACCGUAAAUGAACCAUGGUUGCCGGCUCUUGUAUUCAGAUCUCGUGUGAUGUUACUUCGUUGUGCGGUGUCACCAAUAUUGUGGAUCACCAUGACUUUGGUAUACUACGGAAUGGCCAUCAACUCUGUGAACCUGUCUGGAAACCAGUAUUUAAAUUAUGUGUUUGUAUCAGCAAUAGAGAUCCCUGGAUACUGGACAGCGAUCUUAUUAUUGGACCGCAUUGGUAGAAAGCCGGUUUUAAUCUGCGCGUAUUGGAUGUGCGCUGUAUGCCAGUUCAGUUUUGGUUUUAUGCCUGAAGGAAUGGAUACUCUCUCUUUGGUCGUGUAUUUGAUUGGCAAAUAUAGUAUCUCGGUGGUUGUAACAUCUCUAUAUGUGUACACUGCGGAGUUAUUUCCCACUAAGUACAGGCACAGCCUCUUCGCCUUUUCUUCCAUGGUCGGGAGAUUGGGUUCCAUCACAGCUCCAAUCACACCAGCGCUGGCACAGGAGGUGUGGAAUCCGUUACCAUCAGUACUGUUCGGAAGUUUCGCAUUGCUGUCAGGGCUGUUGCUGUUCACCACGCCGGAGACUCUCGGCACCAAACUACCAGAUUCCAUGGAGGAGGCCGAGCAUAUCACCUCCAGGAGGAUACGCACUUGA